CAGUCCCUCUCGUCCUGUGAUAAUUCAUUCUGCAUGAUAAACCGCAUCAAUCAUAAUAACUGAUGACUUGUUUUCCUCUCGGGCUUCCUUACAUUUGCAGUUGGUCAUCCCCAACUUUCCAUGCAGCAGCGUCAGAGUCCGCCUCAUCCGCCUCGCGCCAGACAAAACUAAGCGCAUUUCGCCAGCUGCUCACGCGAGGGACCUGUUGGUCUCCAGCGAGAAACACCCCCAAAAGGACUGGGCACGAGAGGUCCUGCAUGCACCCGCUUCCUCAGCCAAGCGCCUGGACCACCCUGUCCCUUCCUUCCAUCCUACCCAGACCUCGUCUCCCGCCCGCUCACACUCCUCCAGCACCGUGCUGUACUCUGUUGUACACGCGCCCCCCCUUCCUUGCUCGCUCUCUGUGAGCCAGGCGCCGCCACAUGGUAGACCUAUGUCCUUUCCACAGAACCAGUUCACACAACCACGCACGCGCGCAUGCCGAAUGGUUGCACC